AUGAGUGAGGUAGCCCCUGCUGCAGCAGCACCUGCAGCAGCAGCAGCAGCUGCUGCAGCAGCAGCAGCAGCAGCUGCAGCAGCAGCAGCAGCACCUGCAGCGGCAGAUGUUGCGCCUCCCCCACCAGGAGAGAUGUUUGCGGGUGUUCCUGCAGCAGACGCAACAGCAGCAGGGGGCACAGCGCCUGCAGCAGCAGCUGCAGCAGCAGCAACAGCAGCAGCAGCAACAGCAGCAGCAGCAACAGCAGCAGCACCAGCAGCAGCAGCAGCAAAGAUCUCCGUGGCCGUGGCGGAAAUGGCUGAGGCCUACGUGGAGCAGCUGGGCCGACUUUUGGCUGUAAUCGGCAGGCGCUGGGGUGUAUGUACAGUGACCCUCAGAGACGCCAAGGCCUUCCUCGAGCGCACUUCGGGCUCCCCCGGCUGGCAGUCAAUGGCGGGAGGAGGCCCUGCAGCAGCAGCAGCAGCAAGCAAGGGCGUGCUUGCUGCAGCGCGGCAGCAGCAGCAGUUGCUGCACGCGCAAAUGCGCGCAGCAGCAGCAGCAGCAGCAGCAGGCGAGUCGCCGCCCCACAGCAGCAGCAGCAGCAGCAGCAUCACCGACAGCCCGCAGACGGACAUUACUGUGAAGGCAGCCCCCGAGACUCCUGUUGCUGCUGCUUCUCCCAAGCGCAGCAGCAGCAGCAGCAGCAGCAGCAGCAGCAGCAGCAGCUCAGCGCCUCAGGCGCCGCCAAAGCCGCGGGUGCGUUUCUCGCAGGACACGUCUGCUGCUGCUGCUGCUGCUGACAUCGCAGCAACAGCAGCAGCAGUAACCGCAGCAGCUACUCCCGCUGCAGCGGCUACACCUGCCGCAGCAGCUGCACCCGCUGCAGCAGCAGCACCCGCUGCAGCAGCAGCACCAGCAGCAGCAGCUGCAACUGCAGCAGCAGCACCAACUGCAGCAGCAACGCCAACUGCUCCAGCAGCACCAACUGCAGCAGCAGCGCCAACUGCUCCAGCAGCACCAACUGCAGCAGCAGCACCAACUGCAGCAGCAGCAGCAGCACCAGCUGCAGCAGCAGCACCAACUGCAGCAGCAGCACCAACAGCAGCAGCAACACGGGCAGCAGCAGGGACAAGUGCCCCGACUGCGCUGCAGCAACAGACUUUUUACCAGACUCCUCAGGAGGCGGAGUUUGCUGCAGCAGCAGCAGCAGCAGCAGCAGCAGCAGCAGCAGCAGGAAUGUCUGCCCCGCAGUCCCCACCGGCUGUGACUCCCCCUAAAGGGCCCCCACCCCCUGCACAGGGGGCCCCCCACGGGGUCUCCCAAGGGGCCCCUCAGGGGGCCCUCCAGGGGGCCCCUCAGGGGCCCUCGGGGGCCCCAAGUACCCAUUGGGGGCCCCCCCCUGCGGCUAUGUCGGCGAGCCCCUGGGGGCCCCCCGAGGCCUCAGGGGCCCUUAAAGCCCCAGCGGCCCAAGGGGCCCCCAAAGCCCCCGGGGCCCCUGGGGUCCUGGGGCCCCCUGGGGCCCCUGGGGUCUUGGGGGCCCCUGGGGCCCCUGGGGCCUCUGGGGCCCCCGUGCCCUUGGGGGCCCCCGGGACCCCAGUGCCCUUGGGGGCCCCCGGGGCCCCUGCGUCCUUGGGGGCCCCUGGGGCCCCUGGGGUCCCUGGGUUUUGGGGGGCCCCUGGGGUAUUGGGGCCCCCGGGGGCCCCCGGGAUUUUGGGGGCCCCUGGGGCGGUGGGGGCCCCCAGUCCAUAUUGGGGGCCCCAGGGGCCCCUGGGGGCAGCAGCAGAGGGGGCCCCGAAUCUUUUAAAAGAAACACCUCACCCGUACCCUAGCUAG